GCAGUGCGUCAGACGUCAAUUUCACUGGACUGCUAGGUGAACCCAAACUGGACAAAGUUUCUAACCAGAUAUCCGUCGAAGCACCUAACACUAGAAUUGCCGACAAACAGGUUUCAAGUCCGCUAAUGGUUUAUAAUGUACAGACCUUCAGCCCCGCGGCUGUGCCUAGGGUACUUCCGGUGAAAGAAAACCAACGAGACCAUUAUGAUGGUUCGCAUGUCAAGAAAACAGGAACACCACAUUUGCUACACGAAAGGCCUUCCACGAAACUCAGAAGAAUACUGCCCAAAUCAGUCGUGUCAUCAUCCCUUUCUGAGAGACAAGGUCAAGGUCACCCACAAGAUGGCGACGGGUGUUCAAAUGUACCUUCGUCCAAUGAGCAACUUAGGUCUCACAGCGGACACAUUGGCAUGUGUCUACCCCAUGUGCCAAUGUCAACACAGCUUCCAUCCAAGUCUAUGGUGAAUCGAACUCAAGAGACAGUGGUUCCAGAUAAAGAUACCCUUGUUCACGAGGGUUUACCCGGCGAAAUCACGUUUGAACCCAAGGAUCGUGAUUCCAGUUUAACAAACUACUCCCGACAAGAAGUGAGCAGUGUAGACACAGAUGAACCCAAGGAGCAUGAUCCCAGUUUAACAAACUACUCCCGACUAGAACUGAGCAGUGUAGACACAGAUGACCCACACACUCAACUCCCUGCCCUGGAUAAAGUCAGUUUCUUCAGCGCCAUGUGUGAGAUAGACACGGACUGGACUCCACUGCCCGAUGACGUGGCUGUGAUGUUCAACAGCUACAGGGAGAGUCCAGACUGUUCAGGGGGCGUCGAUACCACAGACGCUGCCGAAUCAGAAGCUACAGUUGUGGAGAAGAACGUUCAUUUGCCUAUACUCCUGUGUUGAUGAUUGGUGUGACACUGGUUGAGAGAUUUAGGACAUCUUGUUAAGAAACACUUUAUA